GUUUCAGUACUCCUCCUGGAACCAAGAAAUUCAGAACAUGGAAAAUCAAGACCCUGCUGUUGUUGAUGCAAUAAAGGGAUCGGGCGAGUCCACUCUGGAAAAGGCUACAGCAAAAGCUAAAAUAAAAUUUGAUCAGUUUGUUAAUGUCUCACUUAACAUCGCUGUGACUGGAAAGACAGGAUCAGGAAAAUCCUCCUUUGUAAAUGCACUUAGAGGUCUAAAAGAUGAAGAUGUUGGAGCAGCACCUACUGGAGUCACAGAAACUACAAUGGUGGCCACCAUGUAUGAACAUCCUGUAAUGCCAAAUGUGAAGAUCUGGGACCUGCCUGGAAUAGGAAGCCCAAACUUCAAAGCAAAAAAAUACCUGAAAGAUGUCAAUUUUAACACCUAUGAUUUCUUCAUUAUCCUUAACUCAGAGAGGUUCAUGGAGAAUGACAUCAUGCUGGCUAAAGAAAUAAGAAAACGGAAGAAAAGCUUUUACUUUGUUCGUUCCAAGAUUGACCAAGACAUGUUUUCAGAAAAAAAGAAAAAAGGAUUUGAUGAGCAGAAAGUUCUUUCCAUAAUAAGAGAGGAUUGUCAGAAAAACCUGAAAAAACUGGGAGACCCCAAAGUUUUCUUGAUAUCGUCUUUUGAUUUGGAGAAAUAUGAUUUUGAAUCACUUCAAAACAUUCUUGAAGAUGAGCUUCCAGAACACAAGAAGUAUGCUCUUCUACAAGCCUGGCCAGUGUGUUCUGCUGCAUCUCUUGAGAAGAAGAUCAAUAUGUUUAAACGGAUGAUCUGGGCUGCAUCUCUUGCCUCUGCUGGUGUAGCAGUUAUCCCUGUGCCUGGCCUAUCAGCAGCAUGUGAUGUAGGCAUAGUCGUGCUUUUCCUCACAAGGUGCUACUAUGCAUUUGGUUUGGAUGAUAAAUCACUGACAAGGCUUUCAGAAAAAGUUAACAAGCCCCACCUGAAACAUCUGGCCAAAUCUACAUUUGUUACUGCCAUCCGAGAAAGAGCACUGACCAGAUUGCAAGUGUCUGCUGCGCUCGCUACCAUUGCUACUGUUUUGCUAGAGACUCAGAACGUGGUCGAAUCUGUUGCUGCCUUGAAGCUGGAGACUCAGGACUUGGUAUCUGUUAUUGCCUCUUCCCUCACAAGCCAGAGGCUCAGAACGGUGGUGAUCUGUUGCAGUCCUUUCCUUGACAGCAGAUCAACCUCCGUUCUGAGUCCGAGUCCUAUUGUCUCACCCUUGCAGGCAGGAUACUCAGAAUCAGAUCUGUUAGUGUCCCUUCCCUUUCGGGACUCAAGACUCAGAACAGUGUAUCUGGUAAAGUCUUUUUCAUUGCAGUACUCCGACUCAGAACAAGGAGUGUCUUUUGGGAAGGUACCUUUAUCUCUUUCCGAUGAGGAGGAGAUUGCAAUCUGGCACUUCCACAUUUCCAGGCUGUGA